AUGUCGGGACCUCAGUGCUGCGAAAACCCGCCGACACUUAACCCGGUAUCCGGGUCGGGUCACGUCGAGAAGCUGGGUGGGCUCGAUGUCUACGUCUCCGGCUCCCCCGAUUCCAAGUUGUGCGUCCUCCUCAUCUCUGAUAUUUUUGGGUAUGAAGCUCCAAACUUGAGGGCGCUUGCUGAUAAGGUUGCAGCUUCAGGAUUCUAUGUUGUGGUUCCUGAUUACUUCCAUGGAGAUCCUUUUGAUCCCUCUAAUCAAGAGAGACCUAUCCCUGUUUGGAUCAAAGACCAUGGCGCUGAUAAGGGAUUUGAAGACACAAAGCCAGUCCUUGAAGCUCUAAAGAGCAAAGGCGUAACUGCUAUUGGAGCUGCAGGGAUGUGUUGGGGUGCAAAAGUAGUUGUGGAGCUGUCUAAACAAGAGCUUAUCCAAGCAGCUGCUUUGCUUCAUCCUUCUUUUGUCACUGUUGAUGAUAUCAAGAGUGGGAAGGUUCCAAUUGCUAUAUUGGGAGCUGAGAUUGAUAAUAUGUCUCCACCAGCACUCUUAAAGCAAUUCGAGGAGAUUCUUGCUUCCAAACCUGAGGUGAAUAGUUAUGUGAAGAUACACCCCAAAGUCUCACAUGGUUGGACUGUAAGGUACGAUGUCAAUGAACCUGAGGCGGUUAAAGCUGCGGAAGAAGCUCACAAGGAGAUGCUUGGACCUCAAUGCUGCGAAAACCCGCCGGCACUUAACCCGGUUUCCGGGUCGGGUCACGUCGAGAAGCUGGGUGGGCUCGAUGCCUACGUCUCCGGCUCUCCCGAUUCCAAGUUGUGCGUCCUCCUCGUCUCUGAUGUUUUUGGGUAUGAAGCUCCAAACUUGAGGUCGCUUGCUGAUAAAGUUGCAGCUUCUGGAUUCUAUGUUGUGGUUCCUGAUUACUUCUAUGGAGAUCCUUAUGAUCCUUCUCAAGAGGAGAGACCCAUGGGUGUCUGGAUGAAAGACCAUGGAGCUGAUAAGGGAUUUGAAGACACAAAGCCAGUCCUUGAAGCUCUAAAGAGCAAAGGCGUUACUGCAAUUGGAGCUGCAGGGAUGUGUUGGGGUGGAAAAGUAGCUGUGGAACUGUCUAAACAAGAGCUUGUCCAAGCAGCUGUUUUGCUUCAUCCUUCUCUUGUCACUGUUGAUGAUAUCAAGAGUGGGAAGGUUCCAAUUGCUAUAUUAGGAGGUGAGCUUGAUGAAGUAUCUCCACCAGCACUGUUGAAGCAAUUCGAGGAGAUUCUUGCUUCCAAACCUGAGGUGAAGAGUUUUGUGAAGAUACACCCCAAAGUCUCACAUGGUUGGACACUUAGGUACGAUCUUAAUGACCAAGAGGCGGUUAAAGCUGCAGAGGAAGCUCACAAGGAGAUGCUUGAUUGGUUUGUGACCUAUGUCAAAUGA